CGUCGGGAAUUCAGUUGACGUGUUCCUUAUUCCCUCAAAAAAAAAAUUACUCUUUACUCGUCGAUGACUUCUUCAUCCCCUUCAAAUUCAAGCAAACUAUAAAGGGGAAGAAAAACUAAAGAUUUCUUUUAGGGUUUCUGAAUUUUUUUGGUUUUCUUCCUCAAAUUUGGUCGAAUUUCUGGUAAGUCUUCCAUAAACCCUCUUACUCAUUUUGCAGAUCAUCCAGAAAAACUAAAAAAAAGUUGAAAGUCAAAAGUUGAAAUGGGGGACAUUCAACUCCUUUUAAUUUGAUUGAUUAUAUUUUGGUUGAAUUCUGAUUGAUGGGUGUGUUGAGAUUUUGAGUAUUUAUAUGCAUUUUUGAUUUAAUUACUGUAAGUAGUUGUUGUUCUUGUUGUUAUUGUUUUGUGGUGUGAAUUUUACUGGGGAUUAUCUCUGGUUAUGUCGGAGAUUCGACUAGUUCGAUGCCCGAAAUGCGAUAAGGUGUUGCCGGAGCCUACUGUGUAUACUGUCUACCAAUGUGGUGGCUGUGGUGCUAUACUUAAAGCUAAAAAGAAGUCAUCUGGAAUUGAAAAAGUGGUGAAUUCUGAAACAGUUGUUGAUAAGGUGAUAGAGGAGGAUAUGAUUGGAAAGGGUAGUUUUGAUAUGGGUGGUAGAUCACCGGCGAGAUCCACAUUUGGGGAUGGGGAUGGAAGCAAGUCAUCAAUGGAAGAGCGUCAUGAGACUGAGUUUCGCUUACCUAAAUCACCUUUGAGGGACAGGUUUUUGAAUGAUGUUAGUUUUUCUCCGGCCAGGUCAAGAAAUGUUAGCCCAUCACCAGUGAGGGGCAACAGUUCAGGUGAUCUAGAUAUUGAUGGGAUUGGCAUUUCACCAGGCAGGUCAAGAAAUAUUAGCAAGUCACCUAUGAGGGAGCGAGGGAGUAGAUCCCCAAUGAGUGUGAGAACGAGAAUGGCUAGUAGGUCUCCCAUGAGGGGGACAGAUUCUGUUGGUAAAUCACCUACAAGGACAAUGAAUGGAAAUAUUGUUUCUAAGUUUGAUGAAUACGAUCAGAAAGAACAAGAGGGAACGGGGGUUGAUAAUGAUGGGCCAGAGGAAAUAGUGAGGAAUGACAAGAUGGCUCCCAAAACUUCAUUUAAUACAUGGCUUCCUGAUGAUAAACAUCCCAAAGAGUCUAAUGAUAACAAAAUAAAUAACGGAAGAAUGAAGUGGAGAGAUCUAAGUGGUGAUGAGGCUGAUCGAAUCAGUGAAGGGAAGGAAUCUGUUUAUGCUGAUGAACACGGGAUGAUUUCAGAAGGAUCAAUUGAUAAUCCAAUUCAUGGAAGUGGCUAUAGCACGGGAAGAAUAGACAGAGAUUUGAGAUUUAGGGAUGAUUCUGUCGGAGGGAAUGGAAGACCCAGGGCCAUUGGAAGUGGCGAGGAUAGGGUGAUUCACAGAAUUUUAAGGGCAGGUGAACACAGGAGGAAUUCAGCUUCUUUAAGUGAAGUUGACGGACCUUCAAGUUAUCAUAUGGACUCCAUCCAUGGCCGCUCAAGGCACAGUUUUGAAUCUCAGAGAGGACCUGCUAAGAUUCAGUAUAUGAGGCAUCAUGAGUUCAGUCAGAACUAUCAGGGAUCUGAGCACCAAUAUCCAUCAGAAUCAGAAGAAGAGUAUUUGGGAUACAGGCAGGGAUAUGAGCAGCAGUUUUCACCAGAUAAACAUAUGCCAAGGCCGUCUUACUUCAAACAUGGACCCGGUGUAGUUCAUGAAAUGGAAAAUAUAUAUAAUCACCCCCCUUUAUAUGAUGGUCGUCCUAAGCAUCCACAGUUUCCACAUCGUUCAAGGUUGGGUUAUGUUCCAGGGAAGUCCUUGGACUUCGAUCAGGAUUCUUUCAGAUCAUAUCGCGAUGGGCCACAUAGUCACCAUCCUGCAUGUUCUUGCUCACUCUGCAAUGCCAAUGAUUGGGAAGGCCAUAUGAUGUCCCCCAAUCUAGCGGCCCAUCCAACACCUAGACAUAGUAUGAAUCUACCAAGACAUGUACCAAGGACCUAUGAUCCUAGAAUGGCACAUACUGGUCCUCGAGAACGACCUUCCCACCUUGCUCCUCAUGCAAGGAGAGUUCUGAUAGCUAGCCAGAACAAACGGAUUUGCCUCCCUAUUGCUGGUGGAGCUCCCUUUGUAUCAUGCCAUAGUUGCUUUGAGCUGCUCAAAUUGCCUGGGAAGUUCAUGACCAAGAAGCACAAGAAGGAGUAUCAAUUGCAAUGUGGGGCUUGCUCCUCUGUUAUGUCCUUUGAUCAUCAGAAUAGGAGUUUUGAUGUUCUUCCUACACAGAAGAAACCGGAUCCUGUUAAGAGUGUAAACACUACUACCGUCUUUGGUGAAGUGUUGAAUGACCCAGGUCAUAGACGUCAGCAUGAUAGCUUUACUGCUACUAGUACAAAUGUUGGAUCUUAUGAUUUUGAUGCAACAGGGCAUAGCUUCAAGUCUAUAGAGUCUGUAGCCAAUGAAGAAUCAAGAGGGCGGAGAAUGUGCUUCCGAACUCGACCAUAUACUGGAGGUGUUUCUCCAUCAUCUCUUUCUAAGGAAGAACACAUUUCAGAUAGAGAAAGCGUACAAAGCAGCCGUCCCAGUUCUUCAGAGAUACCCUUGAAGAUGCGUCCUCCUCCUGGUUCACCUUUGCAGGAACAUCUUGAUUACUCUGGCCAAUACACAAAAGCUGAGGCAGAAUAUAUAAGAAAUUAUGCUGGAGAAGAGAAACAAGAUACCUCUCAAGACAGCUCUGUGGUAAAUACAGCAAUUACUUCAGAGAAUGAAGAUAACUCCCAUGAGUUAUCAACUAGUUUAUCCGACUCGGGGGAUGCUCCAAAAGAAUACAAAGAUGAAACCAAACCUUCCUCGAAAUCUCCUUUCUGGAGACCCUUCUCACCAAAACCCGGUCCUGCUUCCCCUGAAAAAGCCGAGGUAUAUGUCAAUGGUCAGCAGGUACCGCUUCAUGUAAUUAAAAAGGCAGAGAAGCUUGCUGGAUCUAUUGAACCAGGAGACUACUGGUAUGAUCCCAAAGCUGGUUUUUGGGGUGUAAUGGGCCAUCAUUGCUUAGGAAUACUUCCACCAUCUAUUCAAGAAUUCAGUUUUCCCAUGCCAGCAAGUUGUUCUAGAGGGGACUCUGCUGUUUAUGUAAAUGGCAGAGAGCUUAAAAAAAGAGAACUUAAUUUACUUUCCAGUCGAGGACUUCCAACUACGAAGAACAAGAGAUAUAUUGUUGAUAUAUCCGGAAAAGUUCUGGAGGAGCAGAGCAAGGACUUCAUUGUUAACCUUGGAAAACUUGCCCCCACAGUUGAGAAGAACAAGCGUGGAUUUGGUAUGCGUGUUCCAGAAGAGUACAUUACUUGAUUGUUAAAACCACCACAGCAACCAACAAUGUGACAUUCAGCUCACAUUGUGAUCUGUAAAGUGCAAAAUAUCCCAUAUGAAAUUUGGGUGUAAAUCAUUAAUUUCCUCGUUAUCGUGGUAUAUAUGUAGUGUGUUUGUAUUUGUUUGAUUCACGAAAUACCACCCAUUCUUUGUAAAUUGUUCUAACGUCUAAGUUGUCAUUAUCGAUUCAUCAUUCUUCUUCUUGGUAGUUCAAGAUCCAAGUCUAUCAGUUCAAGAUGUUGACUUUGGAGCAUGAUUGUGUGACAUACAAGUUAUUGAGGAUUUCUCAUUUAGUACUGAUCUGUAACUCUGUAAAACUAAUACAAAAACAACCAGUUGGAGAUUUUCCAACUUGUUUGUUAUUCUUUUUAUCUGUCUUCACAGAAUUUUUAAAUGCAGUCUGUUCAUUAUUUCUCAACA